GCGGGAGAACGCGCCAUUGAAGUCCUCGUUUUCUUCUUCUGAGAUGCACCGACAGAAUUUCCGACCCCCGACUCCUCCUUGCCCCAGCCCGGGUGUAGGAGGUUGGGGAAGCGGGAGCAGCUUCCGGGGUACCCCGGGCGGAGGCGGAGCGCGGCCGCCAUCCCCGCGGGACGGGUACGGGAGUCCACACCACACGCCGCCGUACGGGCCCAAGUCUAGGCCCUACGGGAGCAGCCACUCUCCGCGACACGGCGGCAGCUUCCCUGGGGGCCGGUUCGGGUCUCCGUCCCCUGGCGGCUACCCUGGCAACUACUCCAAGUCCCCCGCGGGGUCCCAGCAGCAAUUCGGCUACUCCCCAGGGCAGCAGCAGACCCACCCCCAGGGUUCUCCAAGGACAUCUACACCAUUUGGAUCAGGGCGUGGUAGAGAAAAGAGAAUGUCUAAUGAGUUGGAAAGUUAUUUCAAGCCUUCAAUGCUUGAAGACCCUUGGGCUGGCCUAGAACCAGUAUCUGUAGUGGAUAUAAGCCAACAAUACAGCAAUACUCAAACAUUCACAGGCAAAAAAGGAAGAUACUUUUGUUAACAUUUCUGAAAUUCAACUGGAAGCUUCAUUUGUCAGGAACAUCUUGGACAAAACUUUUGCUUGUAAUUAAGUUGAACCCUAACGUGGUGACUUUGAAUAAUUAGUUGUGUCUUCCUUCAUCAUAUCAAGUAUUUUUGGUGUUAGAGAAGACAUAUGGUAGGAUAAUUUGCAAUAUUUAGCUCUCUGGAAGUGCCUACCAAUUUUAGAAGAUUGACAGUUUCCAAAUACUUAACAUUCUUGGUUAUAUAAUGGACAUUUGUCUUUUAAUGUUUUUCCAAUGUUUCAAAAUAAAACGUUUUGUCUUUCUAGCUAUAUUGUGCUUUGUCAUAUGCCAAAGAAUUAUUAAAAUAAUGCUUUGUAAUCACAUAGUUAGAAUUCGUAAGUAUAUAUUUUGCAUACUACUUUUGAAAAUGAAAUAGACUGUCCUUUGUCCUGUAGACAGUUCUUUAUUUGUUCAUAGGGAAAGGCGGUAAAGGAAAAGAAUAAAGGAGAUUUCUAUUCAUAUUAUAACCAUUGUUCUGCAUGCAUAUUUUAUGUAAUGCUUUUGUAAAAAUGCAUUGAAACUUGAUUGAAAGUUACAGAAACCCGCUUAAGCUUAAAUUAAAAUAUUCAUACCCUUUAUACUUAUUUAACUGCAGAGGACAAGGAUAGACCUACUUCUUGCAUAGCUAUAUUAAAGAAUUCUGCAUCUGAAUUUCUCUACUCCACAUCUCUCAGUAUUGUGGAGUCAUUUUCUCUUGAGGCCCAGGAAGAUGGCUACCAGCAGUCUUAAGUCACUUCCAUUGUGAAGAGAACAUUUCCCAGCUCUGUCAAUCUCAGUGAAGACAGAUUGGCCAUGCUUAGGUCAAAUUUUAGAGUCUUAAGCCAAUAACUAUGAUCAAGGCAGUGUGGCAUGAUUAGCUUGGACAUGGAUUCACCCCUACAAUGAGGCAGGGUCCCAUGGUCUUCAGCCCCACCAGGCCUCCCUGGACUAAAGAAAGGCUUUCCAAAGGAAGGAAUGCUACGUACCUAUACCUACAGUAAUGGGGAGAAAAAUGAAAAUGUUGGGGAUUUUCAUUUUCCCCAACUAUUUAAACAAAAUCAAGUCUUAUAACAUUCAGGCUUUUUAAAUAUUUUAGGGUCACAAUAUAUGAUGAAAGUAUAGCUAAAAUUUUAUUUAAACAUUCCCAGAAAGAAAGCUUUAAAAGUGAAAAGGUUACACCACCUAUUUGAGCCAUAACCACUUCUAUUUGUAUGUUAGGUCUUUUCACAGAGGCAAAACAAAAUGAGAAGGGAAGGAUUUUAGAUUAAUAAAAGCUCCAUGACACCCAGGACUACUACUACCAGUUACUAGCUUGGUGAAUUAUUUAACUUCUCUGUGCCUCAAUUUUCUUAUAUGUAAAAUGAAAAACUUAACAGUACCCAUGUCAUAGAGGUGUUGUGUUUGAGGAUUAAAUGGGUUUACAUGUGUGAAAACUCUUAGGCCAGAGCCUGGCACAUAGUAAGCCCUCUAAAUGGUAGCUGUUACUUUCUCACCCCUGUAUCCUCAGCUCUUAGAAUGAUGCCUGGAAAAUAGUAGGUGCUUAAUAAAUAUUUGGUGAGUGGAUGCAGACAUUCUGAUUAUAACUACUAUAUUGCUCUGCCUUUAUCUCCUAUAUAUAAAGAGAAUAGUAUUUUUCCCCCAAUGUUCUAAAGGGAAUGUCCUUAUUUUCUAACGUCUUUCUAGAUGAUUUGAGGUCAUGACGUAUGAUGAAAAUUAAAGCAAGUACAAUACUUUUGCAUACCUUUUAUUGAACUUAAUAGGUAAGAAAUAUUAUCUCUAGGAAGUGACAUUUAGAAAUAAUCAUUAAGCCAUUGCUUGGAGAUCACUGGAUUAUUGGCAAAAAUAAAGGAAGUCAAGAAAGGUUUUAUGCUAAUGUAUUCGUAUCAUAUUUGGAAAACAUUCAAAUUAUAAUUGUUCUAAUGGCUUAUGUGCAUUUUAUUUUACUACUUUAUAAGUGUAAUGUUAACUAAAUGUAAAAUUUCUCUUCUGCCAAGUUACCAACAUCUUCCAGAGGUCUGACCUUUCUGAUUUUAAGAGAAACAUUUUUGUCCUCAGGAAAGAUACAUUGCUUUACUGCUCUGGUUGGUAGUGUAUAUAGUUAUCAAAGGUCUUUCGACAUUGAUAUUGGUUUGUUUAUAUUACUAGCCUAUUUUUGUUUAGCUGAGUGAAAGGAAUUGAUCAUUCUUUUAAAUGAAAAAUGAUUUUUUAAAUUGUUCCAGAAUACACGUUUUUACCUCCACAGAGAUGCUAAAUAACUGUGUUAGGGAAAUUUAUAGUUAAGUAUGCAUCUUAAAUAUUCAUAUAAUUAAAGAACGGAAGUAUAAUCUAUAGCUGGGUUUUCAAACAUGGGUGUUUGUACUUCUGGGAGUAUUUAACUGUAAAGGCAAAGAUAGCUUUAAGGGGAUUUUGAUCCAGAUCCUCAAAUCCCAGAUGCACUCUUUAGUUAAAAUGAUGUGCUUAAAGAACAUUUCCAUGAUCAGUGGAUUAUGCCAGUUCUCUUUUUUUCCCUUCUGCCUUUUCAUAAUUACCCUUCUCCCCCUUGACAGAAGAAACCUAUGGCAGGUUGUGUUUUUCAAAAAUGAUGCCAACAAUAUUUCAGGUCCCUCAGACUCUUCCAAAACCUUGCCUCUACCUCAUCAAGAUAGAGAGUUAUGUCCCUGCCCUUUGAACUCAAGCAGACCUUUCUGACUGCCCAAGGAAGUACGGUGGAAGUUAAUGUGUUUUCAUCACAGGUGAAGUGUGGUCUUAGAAAUGAGUUAUGUUGGCCCAUGUGGAGAUAUUCAGAACUCACAUGUGUUGUCAAUUAGGGAGAUAGAGUGAUGACAGUUUUUGUUUAUAGGCCUUGCCUUUUUUGUCUCCUGACUACUCAAAAAAUCAUUUUUCCUGUGGGUGAAUCAUGUGAAAGCAAAGAGAGCAUGAACAUAAUGUGAAGGGAAAGGCACUUUAUUUUUAGGAAACAAUGAAAAAGUUGCUUGCCUCAUUUAUCUUAGAAUAUUUAAGAUUGGUAUACAGGCAUGAUGGGUUUUGGUGAAUCUGCUGUCAAGCCAGCUGUCUUUUCCCCAUUUUCAAUAAUGAUAAAGAACCUGAUGAAUAUGUCUCAAACCUGUCUUAAUAGCAUAAUUUGCAUGAUUUCAAGGAGGAAGAAGUUAAAAUUUCCAUGUUUCUUUCUGACAUAUUAACUUUACAUCUUAAAAGAUCAUAUUUCAGAGGUAAGUUCAUGAUUUUUAUAUUUUCUAGAGUAUUUUUCAGAUUCUUAGGAGAAACAUUUUUAUUAUCCUUUGCCAGUUCAUUAUUAGAUUCUAUAAAUCCAUAUUAAUUUUUUACCUGGCCCAAGUCUCCUGCUUAUUGUCUCUGAGCCAUUUCUCUGUUCUAUUUUUCAUUCCUACUAUGUGUUUAGUUUAAAUUAACAGAUAUAUAUUGUGGAUUUUACUGUAAAUAAAACACAUGAUAGUCGUAAGUAUACAUUGUAUAAACCCAGAACUUAGUAAUGACCCAACAUCUUUUCUUUUUUGCUCUUAAUUUCCACAGUCUAAUUUUUCAUCUAACCUAAGAAACUAUUAUUUAUAAUUAUAUAUAAUCCAUUAUAUACCACUUAGUAAAAACACUGCCAACUAAACUAUAAUAUGCUGUCAAUUAUAAGAUGCAUCCCAAUUUCAGAGAUGUUAAAAUGUACAUCUUAGUUUGAUAAAAUACUAUAAACAAUACUUUUAAAAGCAGAACAUGUAUUUACGUAUAGGUUUGGGUGUAAAUGUCCACAAAACAUAGUCGAGGACAGUGCAUUUAACUUUGAAAAACCAGCUUUACUUAGGAUUAAUUCUUCCUUCUCAGGUAUUUAUAUUCUGUAACUUUCCAAGGAUAUAAGAAAGAAAAUGGCCUGAACAACAAGGUCUUCAGUGAGGGUGAUUUUUCAAUUCUUUGUUUUCAACGAAAUUGAAGAAAACUUAAUCAGAUUGUUAGUUAAAGAUCAUUAAAAAUAAUUUGAUGAUCAGUUUAUUAUUUUUGGCAUAUAACUUAAAAGGUGUACAAGAAUUAAGUGACAUCACUAUAACAAAAGUCUAUCCCUUCUUAUUUGUAUGCGUAAAUGAGUUUUCUCAGCAUUUAUAUCUAUAGUUUAAAAAUAGUAAUAAAAUUAAUGUCUCAUUCUAGCAAUUAUCAGUUUUAUGGUGUUUUUAUUGUUUGAAUAGUAAUGAUAAUCCAGAUAACAGAUAACUUGAACACUUUGAAGUUUAUAGCCAUUGGAAAUGUUUUUUUAUUUCCAAAAAUAUUUUUUAAUUUCAAUAAAUAUAUUUUUCAUACAUUUUUGAGAAACAGAUGUAUGACAAGCUAUCAGUAAAGGACUUUCAAGCAUUACACUAUUACAAUGAGAUAAAAAUUACGUGGGAAAGUAAAAUGGAAAUAUGAGUUGGGGAUAAAAUAGUGUACAAUUUCCUACUGUGUUAAGGAGUGUUUUUAGAUAGCAAAUUACUGUGAUAAUUAGAUUCAGUUGGAUACUUUAAUAAUGUAAUGGAUUUAGCUUAAAACAUCAAUGUUACCGAAAUGACUUCCUUUGCAAUUUUUGAAACUUACGAUAAAAGUGUAUUUAUGUUGACUUGAAAAGUAUAAAAGGGUACAUCACUUUUCAAAAUUACUUUAGGGAAUAUAUGACUAAAAUUUUUAAAGCUCUCAAAUCAUCAGGAGGGAGAAAGAGGAAUAUAGUAAACCAUAAAUCCAAGAGAAGUCAGGAAAAGAAGUAAAUGACAGCAGUAAGUCCAAAUAUUCCAGUAAUAACAAUGAAUCUUAAAAAAGUAAAAUCUUUUAAAAGGCAGAUUUUCAGAUUGGAUUAGAUAGAUGGAAUUAAUCUAUUUGUUGGUUUAGAAAAGAUAACAUCUAAAAUAAAAAGCUAUAAAAAGAUUGAAAUUCACAAUCACAGUGGGGAUUUUAGCACAUCUCUACUAGACGUGGAUAUAACAAGCAGAUGUAGAAUUUGUAGGGAUAUAAAGAACUGGUAUAUAAAAUAGAAAUUAUAUAUUUAUAUACAGUAUGUACACAUUUUUUCAAGUACACAAGUAUAUAAUAAUUUUUUUUUUUUUUGCGGUAUGUGGGCCUCUCACUGUUGUGGCCUCUUCCGUUGCGGGGCACAAGCUCCGGAUGUGCAGGCUCAGCGGCCAUGGCUCAUGGGCCUAGCCGCUCUGCGGCAUGUGGGAUCUUCCCGGACCGGGGCACGAACCCGUGUCCCCUGCAUCAGCAGGCGGACUCUCAACCACUGCGCCACCAGGGAAGCCCAUAUAAUAAAUUUUUUAUAAGUUUUCUAAAUCACAAAGACUCUGCAGAUUUCAAAGAUUUGAUUGAUAGGCAGAUCAUGUUUUCUGACCAAAAUGUUCAAUAAAUUUAAAAACAAAAAGCACCCUCAAAAAAUCAAUGAAACAAGGCAAAGCUAUAGAGAUUGUCAACAAAAAAGCCUAUUCUGUGCAUUAACUAAAGUCGAUAAAGAUUGAUGAAAAGGGAGUUCCCUGGUGGCCUAGUGGUUAGGAUUCCAGGCUUUCCCUGCUGUGGCCCGGGCUCAAUCCCUGGUCGGGGAACUGAGAUCCCUCAAGUUGCACUGUGGAGCCAAAAAAAAAGAAAGAAAAAAAAACAGAUUGAUGAAAAAAAGCACAAAAGGAAAAAUAUAAAAAAUGUUAACCUUUGGUGUAACAUCAGGAACUAUGCUUAAAAAAAGAACUACAGUAAGAAAACAAAGUGAUGGAAUCACCUAGAAGGAUAAUGCAAGGGUAAUCAUCACUUGCAUCAUCCUUCUGUUUUCUUUGCAUUGCCCUAAAUCCUGCUUCAUCUUUAAAGAAGGGAUAAAAGAAGUCUAGAGACACAAUCUCUGUAAAUGUUUUUUUAAGCUUUUUUAAGCUCUGUAAAUGUUUUUUUAAGCUUUUAUUUGAGCACAAUUAAGAAUUUGGCAUUUUUAAUUUUUAACCCAUAAUGGCAAAGAAAAGAAAAUUAUUAGGUAUUUCAUGAUUAUUAAACUAAUCAGCACUCUGGUCUCUUAUAAGCAAACUCUCAGAGUAUAAAUUUUCAGAUGACAAUAUCCUAGAAAGAUUUUUCUCAAAUUCAAGAAUCAAUGAGUGAACAAUAUAUUUCUAAGGACGAAAGAAUUAUGAUAUUCUUAUUUACUCAGUUAUCCAAAAGGAAAGACUUCAUCACAGAACUUUGUGACAAGAACAUCUUUUAUGUUUGUUAAUCAGAAUUGUAAGUAGACAAAUACUAAAGGCAGGUGUGUAUUCAGAAUUGAUUAAAAGGAAAUAGAUGAUGUAAAAGUGAAAAAUCAGUUGGAUUUACUGUUCUGAUUGGUGUUUAUAAAUCUGAAAGUGAAAGUGUUUUGCAAUUAUGAAGCAAAAAGAAAUGACCAUCCUUUCCUUAACAAAAAUAUGACAUCAAAGUUCUUAAAUGUAUUGCAUUUUGAAGAUGCAAGUGUAAAAAGAACAAGAAGUAAUAAUAAACUAAAGCCCAUUAGAGAUAUAUUUAAACUCUGGAGUCAAGGUUCAUAAGAUGAAUGUAUUCUAAGUUUGUGACAGUAGAUGAAUACCUAUUUAUGUUCGAGAUGCUACCCAUCUUAUGUAUUAAAUACUUUCAAAACCACGAAAAUACUGAAUAAAAAUUUGGGUUUCCUAUGUUUACAUUCUUAUUAAGAUGUCUAACAAACUUCUUUCUAUCUCUUUAUUCUCUACAUUUUGCUAAAUAACUUUAAAUGUUUUUAAAAAUUAAAAGGGCCCAUUGGACCCAGAUGACAAAUGAUGACUAAUUUUUUCUGGUAUACUGAUGAUUAAAUGAAGAAGUCAUAUUAGUACCAAUAAAGGCUUUGAAAGUCACGCAAACACAGGAUGACCAACUUUACACCAUAGUAUUUGAAAGCAUAGAUGGAAUGUGUUAUAUUUUAGAAAAAUAUUGAUACAUUAUCAGUAUUGACUCAAAAAGAAAUAGAAAGUCAGAAUAAACCAAUAACCAUGAGAGAGACUGAGUUGAUAAUCAUGAGUUCUCCCCACAGAUGAUCCAGACUUACUAAGCCUUCAUGGAAUACUUAAUUCCUAUAUUAUAAAAACUUUUAGUUAAAAAGUAUCCAAGACAUCUUACACCUGUGGUAUUAACUGAUCUCAAACCAGGCCAAGUACAGUAUAAAUGGAAAUUAUAGAUCAUUUCACUUAUGUACAUAGUUGCUGAAAAUCCUAAACAAGAUAUGACAAUUCAGCAGUUGCUCACAAACAAACCAAGAAAGAACUGAUAGGGUUUAUCUCAGGAUUGCAGUGAUGGCUCAGCAUCUAGAAAUUUAUUUCUAUAAUACAUCUUAUUGGUUAAAGGAAAAGAUCUAUACUAAUAACUCGGUAGAUGAAGAAAAAGCAUUGCUUAAAAUUAAAUACACAGAAGUCUUCCAGAAGUGGGAAAGGAAGAUAUCUGAAGUGUGAAAGUUACAAAGGAAGAGAUGAAACUGAUCUUAUGUACAGAUAAUAUUACUGUCUGUACAACUCCAAGGGAGGCAAAAUUUUUUGAAAAUUCUGGAUCCAAGAAAAAUAUAUAAUUACAGCAUUCCACACAUCAGUCAAAAAAAAUGCAAUAAAAUGCCUCAGCCUCCAAAUAGCAAUCUGCAAUAAAUCUUGGUGAGAAGGGGGUUGGGGGAGACAACAGAAAAUUACAAAGCAUUUUUGAAGAACUUCUUAAAAAGCACAACUAAAUAGGGAGAUAUUAUUCAUGGAUGGAAAGAUACAAUAUUGUACAUAUGUCCAUUCUCCCUAAAUUAAUCUAUAAAUUCAAUCGAAUCUCAAAAUAAGUUUUGUGGACCUUGCAAAAUGAUUCCAAUAUUUAUAUGGAAAAGUGUCAAGAUUAGUCAUAAAAAUGUUGAAGAAGAAAAAUGUAAGCAGGCUUGCUCUACCAGAUAAAGAAACUUGUAAAUCUAAUGACUGAUUGGUGUAAGAGUAAACAGACUAAAGAAACAAAAAUAGAGAACUCAGAAACAAAUUCACAUAUAUAUAAAAACUUGAUAUUUGGUUAAUAUAGCACUACAAAUGAGUGGGGAAAGGACAGAUAAUAAGUGGUAAUAGGUCAGUUUUUUGUGAUUAUGAAAAAACUUAUAAACCCCUAUUAAUGCAGUUGAGACUUGUCUAAAAUUGUACAGAAUAGGAUGUAAUAAGAAAGCUUUCUAAGACUGUCAGAAGUACUUUAGGGAAUGCAAAUAUGUUUAGAGGUUUUUUUUAAAGGUCAGAAUAUUUACAUAGCAGUUACCAUAAAAUCUAGGUUAAAUGUACUUAAGUGUGUGUUUACUCAGAAGGACAAAGACUAUUCCUAUAACAUUCUUAGAUUUAUAUUUAAUGUUGUCCUCCAAGUAUUGUAACCUGUCAACAUGAGAUUAUAGAAAAGGAAACUUUAAAAAAUAUUUGUGCAUAAAACUUAUGUUUACUUAGAGUUGUUAUAGUAGGUUGAAUUUGUUCAUGAACUUUGUAUAAUAACCUGCUGACCAUGAUCUCGUUUUUAUACUUAACUGUAUUAAAAGAAUUAUACACCAUACACAAGUGGGAUUUCAGGUGUGCAAGGCUGGGUCAACAUUCAAAAUUCAACUGCUGUAAUCCAUCACAUCAACAGACUAAAGAAGAAAAAUCAUAUGAUCUUAUCAAUACAUGCAGAAAAAGCACUUGACCAAAUCCAGCACCCAUUCAUGAUUAAAACUCUCAGCAAACUUGGAAUAGAAGGGACCUUUCUUAACUUGAUAAAAAACAUCUACAAAAAACCUACAGCUAAUAUCAUACUAAAUAGUGAGAAACUAAAUGCUUUUCCACCAAGAUCAGGAACAGGGCAUGGAUGUCCCCUCUUACCACUGCUUUUCAACAUAAUACUGCAAUAUGAUGCAAUAUCAUGCUAAUGCAGUAAGACCAAAAAAAGGAAGUAAAAGAUAUAGAAUGAGAAGGAAGAAAUAAAACAUUAUUUACAGAUGACGUGAUUGUCUGUGUAGAAAAUCACAAAAAAAGAAAGAAUGAAAGAAAAAAAAAAACCCUGAAAGCAGUAUUAAGCAGUUAUAGUUACAGCAAGGUUUCAGUAUACAAAGUUAAUAUACAAAAGGCAAUCAUUUUCUUAUAUACCAGCAAUGAACAAUUUGAAUUUGAAACUUAAAACCCAGUACCACUUACAUUAGCAAAAGAAAAACAAACCAACCUUAGGUAUAAAUCUUAACAAAAUAUGUGUAAGAUCUAUAUAAGGACAACUACAAGACUGGUGAAAGAAAUGGUUUUUUAAGAAAAUGGAGAUAUCCCAUGUACAUGGAUAGGAAGACUCAAUACUGUCAAGAUAUUCUUCCCUACUUUAUAGAUUCAACACAAUUUCAGUCAAAACUGCAGGAAGUUAUUUUAUGGAUAUUGACAAAUUUAUUCUAAAGUUUAAUUGUAAAGGCAGAAGACCCAAAAUAGGCAACACAACAUUGAGAAGAACAUAGUUGCAUGACUGACACUACCAGAUGUCAACUUACUAUAAAGCUACAGUAACCAGGACCACGUGGUAUUAGUGAAAGAACAGACAACUAGGUCAAUGGAACAGAAUACAGAGACCAUAAAUAGACCCACAAAAAUGUAGUCAACUGAUCUUUGACAAAGGAUCAAGGCAAUUCAAUGAAGAAAGGAUAGUCUUUUCAACAAAUGGUGCUGGAACAACUGGAAAUCCACAUGCAAAAAAUGUGAAUCUGGACAUAGACCUUACACCUUUCACAAAAUAAACUUGAAUCAGAGACCUAAAUGUAAAACACAAACCUAUAAAGAAGAUACAUAGAAAAUUUAGGUAACCUUCAGUUUAGUGAUGACUUUUUUAGAUACAUCACUAAAAGCAUGAUCCAUAAAAGAAAAAAUAAGUUGGACUUCAUUAAAACUGAAAAUUUCUGUCAUGCAAAAGAUGCUGUUAGGAAAAUGAAAAGAUAAGCCACAGGUGGUGAGAAAAUAUUUGCAAAACAAUGAGACACCAUUGUUACAAUAGUUAAGUCCAAAGGCAAAAAUCCAAAACACUGACAACACCAAAUGAUGGCAGGAUAUGGAGCAACAUGAACUUUCAUUGCUGGUGGGAAUGCAAGAUGGUGUAGCCAAUUUGGAAGACAGUUUGGCAAUUUCUUAGAAAACUAAACUUACUCUUUCUUACCAAACAACCUAGCAAUCUCAUUCCUUGUUAUUUACCCAGAUGAGUCGAAAAUGUUUGUCCACACAAAAACCAGCACACAAAUGUUGAUAACAGCUUUAUUCAUAAUUGCAAAACUUGGAAGCAGCCAACAAGUCAAGUCCUUCAGUAGGUAAAUGGAUAAACAAACUGGUAGAUCCAUACAAUGGAAUGUUAUUCAGCAAUAAAAAAAAAGUUAUCAAGUCAUAAAAAGUCACGGAAGGCCCUUAAAAGCUUAACACUAAGUGCAAGAAGCCAAACUGAAAAGGCUACAUACUAUAUAAUUCCAACAUUUGACAGUCGGAAAACACAAAACUACGAAGACAGUAAAAAGAUCAGAUUGCCAGGAGUUGCGAGGGGUAGAUAAGUGGAGGGAGGGAUGAACAGGUAGAACACAGGAUUUUUAGGGCAGUGAAACUAUUCUCUGAUGGUACUGUAAUGGUGGAUACAUGUCAUUAUACAUUUGCCCAAACCCAUAGAAUGUACAACACACACAGACUCUACUCUGUGAUUUUAGUUAAUCUUGUGUCAAUAAUGGUUCAUCAAUUGUACCAAAUGUACAACUAAUGCAAGGUGUCUAUAACAGAGGAAACUGGAAGUGGGAGGAGAAUGAGAGGGUAUGGGGGAGCUCUCUGUAUUUCCUGCUCAUUUUUCUGUAAACACGAACUGCUCAGAAAAAUAAAGUCUACUGAUUUUUAAAAAUUUGUUUUGCUCCAGCUUCUCUGUGGAAAACAGAAUAGAAGAUUGACAGAGUAGAUUCCCAAAGACCAUUCAGUAAA